CUGGCGGCCGAGCCGUGUGUCUCCUCCUCCGCCGCCGCCAUAUUGUCUGUGUGAAGAGACGGGAGAGCGGCCGCCGCCGCUGCCGCUUCCACCACCGUUGAAGAAACCCAGUCUGAAAUAAGGUCUUACCCAGUUGCCUCUGAACGCUGACUGCCGGAUCUCCAAGCACCAAGUUCAGCUUUGUUCGCCAACCUGUCUGACAUGUCGGGACCCGUGCCAAGCAGAGCCAGAGUUUACACAGAUGUUAAUACACACAGACCCCGGGAGUACUGGGAUUAUGAGUCACAUGUGGUGGAGUGGGGAAAUCAAGAUGACUACCAGCUGGUUCGAAAAUUAGGCCGGGGUAAAUACAGUGAGGUGUUUGAAGCCAUCAACAUCACAAAUAAUGAAAAAGUCGUCGUUAAAAUUCUCAAGCCAGUAAAGAAGAAGAAAAUCAAGCGUGAAAUAAAGAUUUUGGAGAAUUUGCGAGGUGGUCCCAACAUCAUCACACUGGCAGACAUUGUCAAAGAUCCUGUGUCACGAACCCCCGCCUUGGUUUUUGAACAUGUAAACAACACAGAUUUCAAGCAAUUGUAUCAGACGCUAACAGACUAUGAUAUUCGAUUUUACAUGUAUGAGAUUCUGAAGGCCCUGGAUUACUGUCACAGCAUGGGAAUUAUGCACAGAGACGUGAAGCCCCACAAUGUCAUGAUUGAUCAUGAACACAGAAAGCUACGACUAAUAGACUGGGGUUUGGCUGAGUUUUACCAUCCUGGCCAGGAAUAUAAUGUCCGAGUUGCUUCCCGCUAUUUCAAAGGUCCUGAGCUGCUUGUAGACUAUCAGAUGUAUGAUUAUAGUUUGGAUAUGUGGAGUUUGGGCUGUAUGCUGGCUAGUAUGAUCUUCCGGAAGGAGCCGUUUUUCCAUGGACAUGACAAUUAUGAUCAGUUGGUGAGGAUAGCCAAGGUUCUGGGGACAGAAGAUUUAUACGACUAUAUUGACAAAUACAACAUUGAAUUAGAUCCGCGUUUCAAUGAUAUCUUGGGCAGGCACUCGCGGAAGCGAUGGGAACGCUUCGUCCACAGUGAAAACCAACACCUUGUCAGCCCGGAGGCCUUGGAUUUCCUGGACAAGUUACUGCGAUACGACCACCAGUCCCGGCUCACCGCUCGAGAGGCCAUGGAACACCCCUAUUUCUACACAGUUGUGAAGGACCAGGCUCGGAUGGGCGCGUCGAGCAUGGCUGGGGGCAGCACGCCUGUCAGCAGCGCCAACAUGAUGUCAGGGAUUUCUUCAGUGCCAACCCCUUCACCUCUCGGACCUCUGGCAGGCUCACCAGUGAUUGCGGCUGCCAACCCCCUCGGGAUGCCUGUUCCAGCUGCCGCUGGCGCUCAGCAGUAAUGGCCCUUCUCUCUCCGGAUGCCUGAGCAGAGGGCGGGGGUUGCAAAUCAAGUCUUAAGAACCCCACCGGUGUAGCUCAGAGAACCUAGGUGUACCUGAGACUGAUGGGUUCACAGCUGGACGUCCUGGCGCCCUGCAGACCUCACCUGGAGCUGAAAGCGCAGAGGACCCCUGCGCCUCCCGAGAGCCUUUCUUUCUAGAUAAAUAGAAGUUUAACAAUGCUCCUUAAGGAGGGCGUCACUGCAGAAGCAUGAAAACCAGUAAAACGGAAAGACCCGAUUG